AUGACUCUUUCCUCUUCCGCUCUACGUGUUGCUCGACGGACUCUCCUGCGGCUCAAUGUGCUACACAACGGGAGGUCAAUCGUAGUCAGACAACGCACACAAGGGCCACAUUGGACUCCCUCAUUCACACUAAAGGUUGGCCAUGCGUCAAACUUCAGUACUGCACACACCACUGAGGUUGCUGCUGGCAGCGGCCAACCGAUACCCAGUCAACCUAAAACCACGUUCGAAGACUUGGGUUUGCACCCACCUAUCGUAUCCUCUUUGAGGGCGGCAUUUCAAAACGUUGAAUAUCCCACCGAUGUUCAAAGCCAGUUCAUCCCUGCCGUCCUGGAUGGCAAGAACGUAUUCCUCAGAGACUCGACUGGGAGUGGAAAAUCUUUUGGCCUUGUGCUUGCACUCUUGAACAAACCUCGUAUUGUAACGAACAGCGGUGGGGAGCGGAAGCGCCACAUCACUUCCCUGGUGCUCGUUCCUCACAAGGACCUCGCAUACCAAUAUCUUUACUGGAUCAAAACGAUGGUCAACACCUCCCCAGGCGGAAUGGAACCACCUCCGCUGGAGGCUAUCGCACAGGUCCUCGUCAGAGAUAACAACAUGCACCUCGAAUCUGGUCUUGUUCAGCUACGGGAGUCGAUUGCUUCUUCUAUUCCGCCACAUAUCCUCAUCGCAACUCCUCAAGCGCUGCUUGAUAUUCACAAGUCCGACAGCGGGUUCUUGUCCAAGCAUCUCUCUUCCUCAACCUUGUCUGCGGUGUGUGUUGACGAGGCAGAUUAUCUUAUUGAAACACUCCCCCGCAAGGACCCGUCCAAGUCCUUCAAGAAGGCGGUUGAUCGAGAGAAGAAACGUUUAGCUCGACACCCAGGUCCUACUAAAGAGCUUCUCAACAUCAUCUAUCGGCCACGAAUGGAAUGGAAUGAAGCAGAAGAUGACGACGCAGGCCAUCUACCACCGCCUUGUCCGCAGCUAAUACUCAGCAGCGCGACGCUUCGAACUCAUCUCAGAAACUAUGUAUACGAGGAAAGCGGAUGGCUGGAUCGGCAGAAUGUGGUCAAGAUCUAUGGAACGCCGGGAAAGAAGGAAGCCAGUGAUCACUUGCAACGGGGGUUGCUACAUUCGGUACUUCUCGUUUCGGCACACGGUGUUCGAAACGUGGAAGGCGCUGUGGUUGCCCCGAUCUCGGAUACGACAGUCAUUGAGCAACGCAGUGGAGAGACAUCGAGAUCAUCAACCACGGAACUCGAACCACCGCGUGGAUUUGACGUGGAAACUCGACUGAAGUUCGCUCAAACACCGUCCCCGUUUAACCCUCACGUACUCGAGGCCAUUGCGACUGCAUUUGCUGUCGACGUGCCUUCAAUGGCUCUACUCGUCCUCCCAUCAUCUGCGUCUGUUUCUCGUGCAGUGUUCGAACUGGCCGAGCUCGGCAUCAAUGCUUGCAGCUUGGAUCUGCACGAGAAGCGCCGUGUCCGGUCGUCACCAGACAACCCGACGCUGCUCGUUGGUACUCUUGCAACCACACGAGGCGUGGAUCUACCAGAACUGAGCCACGUAUUCGUUUAUGGACUGCCCGAUGCCCAGAAGCGGGUGCACGGACGAAGCGUCGACGCCUAUUUGCACAUCGCAGGGCGUGUUGGCAGGUUUGGACGGGACGGUAAGGUUGUCACCUUUAUUGAGGAAGACUCGGCGGAAGAGGGAGGAAAGAAGGGAGAGGCUAAGAAGAUGCAGCGAAUAUUAGAAACGAUACAUGUUAGGCCUGUCAAGUUUCCGGUUGAAUUUGACCAGGAUAAAUUUAAAUAA